AAAAAAAAUCAUGUCCGUAUACACGAAGAACAUGCUCAGCCAAAGGGCAAAGGAAUCCGAAUAUUGAGAUCCAGCGGUCGUGUUCAAUGUUUGUUCACCAAUACCUUAUUCUACUCUUCACGACGGUCACGCUAGUCGGUCGUCCCCGCAGCCUCGUGGGGGAUUAUCCGGGCAUUUUGGCCAUUGUCAAAUCUGGUCGUAUGGGCAAAAGGUGUGGACAAUCACACGAAAAAGGAAGUGAUAUGUCGGAGACACUUUGGAACCUCCACCAAACACCAAAGCGUGACAUACAUCUAGUAGGGGUUCCAACACCUUAAUAUAAGGCCUAGCGCCAUCAACAAUACAUCUCUCAAGAAUUCUAUCAUUAACUAUGGACCGCUACGCGACUGAAAUGAACGAAAGUUCCAUCCCAGGCCCGUCCCAAGAUGAGCCUCAGCCACAACUCCAACAUGCCGAA